UAGGUGCGGUACUGUUACGGUAACAGAGAAAACACAAAAUAAAUUUCCGUUCGGAUUUAAUUAAUAAUUUUUUUUUUCUCUGAGAAUUAAGUAAAAAAUCAGAGAAAUAAAGAGAACAAAAAAAAUUUUUGUUUUUAUAUUAUUUUGGUCUUGAAUUUCUAAAAAGAUAUUGAACUCGGUUAAAGCAUAAUACCUUAAACAUCAUAAUUUAAAUAAGAUUUAUUUAAAAUUGUCAGUAUGGAAGAUGAAAAUAUUUUUGAUAAUUCGAAAAAUCCACAAAUUGUAUCAGAUGCUAGUAGUCCUUUAACUAAAUUAAAACCAUUGGGAUUGAGGCCAAGAGCAAUAUUUCGACAGACAUCAAUGGUGAUUUUAGCGAAUUUAGGUGUAAUAUCAAGUGGUAUAGCAUUAGGUUAUCCAACAGUAACAUUAAAACAGUUAACAGAUACACAAAAUGCGAAUGCUUUAACAAUGUCUCAAAUGUCAUGGUUUGCAUCGAUUAAUGCAAUAUCAUGUCCUAUUGGUGGCCUUUUAUGUGGAUAUUUAUUAGAUAAAAUAGGUAGAAAAAAAUCAAUUGUAACAAUAAGUAUAACAGCACUAAUAUCAUGGCUAGUAAUGACAACAUCAUUUCAUGAAGAUAAUUUAGGAUUUUUUAUACAAAUCAUGAUAUCACGAUUUAUUAUUGGCAUUACAACUGGAAUGUCAAGUGCACCAUGUAGUAUUUAUGCUGCUGAAAUUUCACAUCCAAAAUUACGUGGACGUUUAACAUUAGGAUCAUCUGUAGCUACUGCUGGUGGAAUAUUUUUAAUUUAUAUGCUUGGAUAUUUAAUAAGGGAUGAUUGGAUGACAAUAAGUAUUUUGUCUGGUAUUUAUGCAUUAAUAUCAUUAAUAUUAGGAUUUAUUAUACCUGAAUCACCAAGUUGGUUAUUAACACAGGGACGUCAUGAAGAAGCUAAGAAAAUUUUACGUUAUUUUCGUGGUAUAAAAUCAACUGAUACAUAUUUUUAUGAAGAAAUUGAAAGAGAAUAUACAAGAUUAGAAAAAUCAGCUGUUCAUCCGAUUGGUCAAAAAAAGAAAAAUUUUAGUAAAAUGUUAAAGAAACCAGAAGUAUGGAAACCAUUAUCAAUUAUGGUUAUAUUUUUUGCAUUUCAACAAUUCUCUGGAACAUUUGUAUUAAUUGUUUAUGCUGUACAAUUUGCUAUUGAAGCUGGUGUUACAAUUGAUCCAUUAUUAUGUGCUAUGUUUAUUGGUUUAACACGUUUAUUAACAACAUUUCUAGUUGGUUAUAUAUUAGAUAAAUGGGGUAGAAGACCAUCAGCAAUUAUGUCUGGUUUUGGUAUGGCAAUAUGUAUGAUAUUAUUAGCUGGCUGUACAUGGUUCCCUGAUUUAAAUAACAUACCAUAUUUAAAAGUUAUAUGUAUUAUUGUAUAUAUAUUUACAAGUACAUUUGGUCUAAUGACAUUACCAUUUUCAAUGAUAUCGGAAGUUUAUCCACAAAAAGUACGUGGUCAAUGUUCUGGUACAACAAUAUUUUUCUGUUCAAUAUUAUUUUUUAUUGCAAUUAAUCAAUAUCCGGCAAUGGUUAGAGAAAUGGGAAAAGAAAAUGUAUUUGCUUUAUUUGGUGCUGUAUCGCUAUUGGCAAUUGUAUUCAUUUAUUUCUUUUUACCAGAAACAAAAGGUAAAACAUUACAUGAAAUUGAAGAAUAUUUCAUAUAUGGUAAAAAUGGUAGACCAGCUGACACAACAGAAGUUGAAAUGAAAGAGAUUUUUGUUAAAUAAGAAGAAAAUUGUGUUAAAUUAAGAGUUUUAAUAUAAAAUAUUUUUAGGUAAUUUUAUUAAACUGUGAUAAAAUCACUUUAGUUUUGAGUUUUUCUUAGACAAACCUUAAAUUUAUAAUACUUAAGUGAAAUUAUUUUGUUUUAUGCAUUAGAAUUAAGAAAAUUCAAUUUGAAAUUUUAAAACUCAUUGUUUUAAUGUCGAUAAUAUUUA